AUGGCAUUGAAACUUAAAUUGAAGGUCAAGCCUUCUGCGUCUCCAAACAGUGAUGCAACAGCCCAGGAUGAUGUGAUACAGGCUUCAUCAAAGAUGCAUCGAAACCCGGUGAAGGUGAAAGAUGAACCACUGGAUAGAGUGGGCAAGCCAAAGCAAAAGAAAGAGAAACUCCAAAAACUUAAAUUGAGUCUAGGUAGACUGGAUCUGCAAGGCUCAGCAACGCCUUCUCAAUCAUCUCAGUUGCCUCGGCCAAAAUCAAUUUUGAAGAAGAUCCCAAAAGUGAGAGUCAAACCUACAAGAAUACCUGGCGAAGGCUACGACUCUGAAGCUCCGGACGUCGAAGAUGACCCACUAAUAGAGCAGGGCAUUCUCGUGAGAUUUCUCAAUGACUCAAACCUUGACUUUGUGCAUAAUGCUGUUGAGACGGGCGAUCUUUCGAAUGUCAACAUCAAAUGGAUUACAAGAGACAAGGCUGUUCUCAAUGUGAACCUGACAUUAUAUUCAGCCAGACUUGUUGAUCUACCAACACUCACUGAGAUCUACAAAACGGUGGAUAGAAAGAAUAUUUUUAAAACGAUUGAUAUUAGUCAAGUGCUCCUUGUAUUGCAUCCAAUCAACCCCAAGCAACUCAAUAUGGAUCAAGAUUUCGAAGUCCCUAGCAAAGACACCUAUCUACAUCCCAUCUAUGAACUUUCAACGAACAAAGAGAUCCGCAAUACAAAAACUGUUUAUCGCCAUGGGUUGUCAUAUGCAUACGAGAAUGUAUACCGAAGAUUUAAACCGAGAAAAGUCAAUCACCGGAUCAUGCAAGAUAUCGAACUGCGUGUUGACGAGCUCGUUCGAAGAGAUGCCGAAGCCCAGGAAAGCCACUAUGAAUAUGUUGAUCCAAAAGCGCAGGGAAGAAUGGGCGCGUCACACAGUCAUGUCGGUACACCCACGCGGGAGUCAGUGCCGUCGACUCCAUCUGCUCGUACCUUUUCUCCUAGAGACUCAGAAGGCUACGAGUCAGAGCAGCAAGAUCAGCAAGAUGAUGUUGAUCUUGAAGCUGACAUCGACAACGCCCUUGAACAAGAGUUGGCAGAGGCUCUCGAUUCCACUUCAAAUAAUACAGCGGCAACAGUUCUCAUGAAAGCCGAGUAUAACGAAGAUGAAGGCAUGGACGAAGACGAAGAGGGCGAAGGACAGGUUGGAGAGGAGGAGGAAGAGGAAGAAGAUGAAGAAGAUGACGACGAAGAAGAGGAUGAUGCUAAUGAAGACAUGAACAAGGUAAAGAAACUCGAAGAGGAAAUUGGAGAUUUGGAGAAGGCGGCAGAGAAGCAGAAGAAGCUCUUAUCAACCGCAAGUUAUAAGAUGAUGCGGAUGAAGUUCCAAUCUGCUUACAACAACUUAAAAGCGCAGCUUGAUCAGAAAAGGCGUGAGUUGGCUAAGCUCAAAGAGCAGCAACAGAAGACCCAACCACCUGAGCCUCAACGCCAGCCAGCAGACGAGGAGGAUGAAGAAGACGAGGAAGAUGAAGAAGAAGACGAAGAGGACGAAGGCGGCGAGGAUAAGACACAGCAUAGCAAGCAACUUGUAAAUGAACAAGAAGCGGGCCUGAAAGCCAGCAACGCCCUUGAGUCCCAGGAUGGUGAUGACCAAGAUAUGGAUAACGAAGAUUACGGAGACCUAGAUGAUCUAUUUUGA